AUGGGCGACUUCUUGACUCCGGUUUUGAUUUCCUGCCUGUUUUGGGCUGGAUCGUCCUCGCACAUCCUCGUCUAUCGUGCCGUGUCCCGAGGGCGAAGAUACGGGAACGUGUCGCACCAGUUCCAAGCGAAGAGCUUCGAGGACUGCCCAGUGAAGUGUUCGAGGAUCAACCCGUCUCGGCCUUGCCUGGCCUUCAACUUCAGGGAACAGAACGGAUUUUGUCAGCUGAUUCAUACUGAGAAGAGCAGUCUAGCUCCCUCGGAUGGAUACCAGGCAUACGUACAGUUUCUCUGCUUGACGGAUUCCCCGAGGAUCGAGCACGCGAAGGAAUCAUUCGUGUCUUGGACGGGCGAGCACCCCGCCCCACCGGGUGCGGAGGUGAACUUCGUUUGCCUUCACCCGCGAGGGUUCAUAGAUGGCUUGAAGGUGCAUCGUGCCGCCUGUUCGACGGUUGUAGCUGAUGCCUGGAGCACGACGUUCAUUGAAGGCGAGAGGGAUCUUUGUCCUCGUGCAUUAUCGUGCAUGACCGAGCACCCUAAGAUGAACAACGUGGAUGUGACAUACGCGGCACGGGACGGGAAAUACCCUGCGCCUCCGGGGCCCCGAGUCCCCCAUCUACACCUGCCGUCGUUCCUCGGGGUUCACCGAUGGUUCGCCCAAACAUGUGGCCACCUGCUCCCUUCGACCCGACGACACUUGGAUGAGCUACUUUAUCCGGAAUGCCGACUGACGGAGAUGGGGAAGGAAUACAUUCGGACCAUGCACGUGACGGCGACCGGAAAACCCUGCCUCAGAUGGGAUUCCCCGGAUGUGAAAAUGUUCUACUCUACAGUUGCGACGGGGUUCGAUAAAUACAUGUUUUUCGAAGAACAUUUCCUGAACCAGGACCCGUCCUCCCACAAGAAUUUCUGCCGGAAUCCGACGUUGAACAAUGUGCCCUGGUGUUUCGUCGAGAAUGACGACUUGAAGUGGGAAUAUUGCUCGAUUCCGUUCCGUGAUGAUCUGACUGCACCAGAAUGCAAGAAGACUCAAAAGAGAGCUGAAUACGUAGGGGCACAAAACAAAGGGACUUCUGGCACUACUUGCCUUGCUUGGAUUCGUCAUGAGGGGGUGAUUCCAGAGGAAAUGUUUGCAAUGAGGAGGCAGGCGUUCCCCGAUAACCUCACGGAUGAGCAAAACUAUUGCCGAAACCCGACCGGGAAGCCAGGCGGUCCUUGGUGCAAAAUUCCAGAUCCCACAGACUCUGGGUAUGACUGGGAGUAUUGCGAUGUGCGUCUCUGCGCUGGGGAAGACGCGAAGAGGACAUGCGAGACGGAGGGCCGAUGCGCGGCGAAGCCCCUGGAAUGUAUAUCGACCAAAGAGGGACUGGAUUAUGCGGGAUUCCUGAACGUUGACUCAGACGGUCGGAAGUGUCUACCCUGGUUGAGUCGGGCACACGACAAGCGAUUUGCAUUCAUGGACUUGAUGACAUUCCCUGAUGAAAACAUGGAUAGCAGUCGCGACUACUGUCGGAAUCCUGACGUAGACAGCGGCAGUCCAUGGUGCUUCAUUGAGGGAAGUGGCGAAAGAUGGGGGCAUUGCACGGUCCCUUUCUGCUCUCAAUUGUAUGAGCGAUUCGCCAUCGAGGGUGAACCUGCGGAAGGAUAUCCGGAAUGCUUGCAGACUACAAUGGGGAAGGAAUACUUUGGCACGACGAGGAAAACGAAGACCGGAAAGCCCUGUCUUCGGUGGGAUUCCCAGCCCUAUGGAAAGCCUGAAGACUUUCGCCCGAAUAUACCUUAUGAGGCUCAUUUCCGAUUCGGCAAUUCCACGUUGCAUCAGGAUUUCUGCAGAAACCCGACGUUCAGGCACCAACCUUGGUGCUUCAUUGAAGAUGGAAGCGUAGGAUGGGAAUUCUGCCAAAUUCCUUUCUGCCUCGACUACCCCAGUGAGCUCACUCCAUUAUGUUAUGUAGGAUUCCGGAUUGAUAUUCACACAAUUUAA